UCGGGAAUGUACCGGACUGAAUCAUCCACAGCACAGUGAUGGAGACAGGAGGAGGAUUAACAUCAUUCUCCUCACACGCCUAGCACAGAUGUGAAGGAAUGGCAACGUGUCCAGAUUUGUGCGGUUCCGAGUACGGUGAGGGAGGACCACAGCGCUACGGCGUUCGCUCCUACCUGCACCAGUUUUACGAGGACUGCACCUCCUCCAUCUGGGAGCGCCACCACGAUGAAUUUCAGACACAGAGAUCGCCCAGCCGGUGGAGCUCUGUCCUCUGGAAGGUGUGUGUGGCAUUAGGCACGGUGAUCCUGGUCUCUGGUCUCUCCGUGCUGUUGGUGGGUUAUGCCACCCCCCCACGUCUUGAGGCAUUUGGCGAGGACGAGCUGCUAUUCGUAGACAGUCGGGCCGUGCGCUUUAACCGGGCCCUGGAUGCCUGCAAACUGGCUGGAGCUGUGCUAUUCUGCGUCGGAGGGGCUGGUGUGGCAGCUGGUCUCCUCCUGUUGGCCGCUUGCAUGCAAGGCAGGACCAAAGAUGAGCUAAGCGUCCAGCAACGCUUUAAAGAACGACUAGCAGAAAUCCAAGCUUCUGUGCCCAAGGCUGGAGAUGCCAAGGUGCCCGCCACCCUGUCUAAAGUUCAAAACGUACAGCCUGGUGCCGACAGCUGAGUGCCAUAGACAUUUCAGAAAUGUUUAUUAGACAUUAUAUAAUAAAUCAUUGGUUUUGUUUA